GCCAGGCGUGGAAAGCCUUGAGCGCCACCGACAAGCGCCCCUUCGUGGAGGAGGCCGAGAGGCUGAGGAUCCAGCAUCUGCAGGACCACCCCAAUUACAAGUACCGUCCCCGCCGGAAGAAGCAGGCCAAGAAAAUCAAGAGGAUGGAACCGAGCAUCCUUCUCCACAACUUGCCCCAGUCCUGCGGCGAGAAUUUUGCCAUGGGCCACCGCAGCACCGGCGCCGGCGGCCUCGGCCACUCCCAGCCUCCCCCACUGAACCACUUCCGAGAACUGCGCUCGAUGGGGUCAGAGAUGGAGAACUACGGCCUGCCGACUCCCGAAAUGUCCCCUCUGGACGUCCUCGAACAGGCGGAGCCCGCCUUUUUCCCGCCCCACAUGCAGGACGACUGCAACGUCAUGUCCUUUCGAGGUUACCACCACCCUGCUCCUCCUCCUCCUCCUCCACCGCCGAUGGAGUUUUCCCCGGAGAAAAACCUGGGGAGGAACAUGGUCAUGGGGUACCCUCCCAACCCACCCUCCCACCUGGCCGAAGCCAUGAGGACUCCCCAGCUGUCUGGGAUGUACUACAACCAGAUCUGUGCCGCGGGAGCCGCCAACGGGCUGUCGGCCCACCUGGGCCAACUGUCCCCUCCUCCUGAGUCCCACCAGCUGGAGGGCGUGGAGCACUUGAACCCCCACGAGCUGUGGACAGAAGUGGACCGCAACGAGUUUGACCAGUAUUUGAAUAUGAGCAGGACUCGUCCGGAUCCGUCCGGUUUCGCCUAUCAUGUUUCCGUGUCCAAAGUGACUCCCCGGAGCUGUGAGGACAACAGCCUGAUCUCAGCCUUGUCCGAUGCCAGCAGCGCUGUUUAUUACAGCGCUUGUAUCACUGGGUAA